CUUUUUUCUCUAACCUGAAGAAGAAUAUUGUGAUUUACUAGCGCGGGAUAGAUGAAAGUCAUAUUGACAUCAGUAUGGCUAAAGCUGUGUACUUGGAACAUUAUCUUGAUAGUAUCGAGGGCUUGCCUUACGAACUUCAGAGGAACUUCACUUUGAUGAGCGAGUUAGAUAAUAGAACGGAAGAGCAGAAGGCUGAGAUUGAUAAACUUGCAGAAGACUAUGUUGCAAAUGUAAAGAAUCUGGCCUCUGAACAACGUGUCCAGCAUCUACAGAAGAUUGAAAAUGCUUACACGAAAUGCAAAGAGUACAGCGAUGACAAAGUGCAGCUUGCUAUGCAGAUAUACGAACUGGUAGACAAACACAUUCGUCGAUUGGAUGCUGACCUGGCUCGUUUUGAGAACGAUCUGAAGGAUAAACUUGACUCAAGCAGUCAGGAGAGCUCAGAUGAGAAAAGAUUGAAGAAGGACAAAAGUGUCAGGGACAAGAAAGUGUCCAGGACCCAGAAAGAUUCUGACCCAGACUCUCCUGGGAGGAAAAAGGUGAAAAACAGGAUAUUUCCCCCCUCUGUCCUCAGCCCCAACAACACUGACUUGGCUAUGCACCCAUCCGAUGUGCUCGACAUGCCAGUGGACCCAAAUGAACCAACCUACUGCCUGUGCAGUCAAGUGUCAUAUGGGGAGAUGAUUGGCUGUGACAAUCUUGACUGUCCAAUAGAAUGGUUUCACUUCGCCUGUGUUGGCCUGGCAACCAAACCAAAGGGGAAAUGGUAUUGUCCUUGCUGCAUCAAGGAGAUGAGAAAAAAAUAAUUAGCUUGAAUCGUCAAAUAUGCAAUGAAUGCUUUCAUAAAACACCAAAUUCUGUAAUCCCUGAACAGGCUCAUCAGACCCAGCAUAUUACUCUCCAGACGGCCUUUAAUUCAGCUCAUAACGAAUGAAUGAAUGAAUGCUGGUGUAUGUCAGUCUUCUUUCCCCAUGAUGCCAUUGUAGGCCUUGAUGAAUAUAAAUGAUUUGCACUCAUGUACUGUGAUAGCAGAGCAGCACUAUCGGGAAACAGGAAUGGAAAGAGAGGUUAGCCCAAAAAGGCUGGGGGGGAGGGGGUGGGGGGGCAGUGCAUGUUCUAUAUUUUAGCAUUUCUGCACAUUUGCUGUUCUCUCUUUUCAGGUAAUAUUAAUUGCGUUUUUUAUUGAAAACUUGAAGAGUCAGACAGUCUGUACAGGGAUAUGACAAUAAGGGGUAAAAUGCAGCCUUGUUUGCAUCACUAAUUCACAAUUCCAUACAUGUUAAAAAUAUAUAUAGUAGAUGUUACUGCUUCUUCCCAAAGAUAUUGCAUCAAUAAUGUUUUAACAGUGUAUUAUCAAUCAAAAUGUCACUCCUUGUUUAAAUGUAAAACUAUGCAUUUGCAUUUUAUGUGAAAUUCUAUGUUAUUUUUGCUAAUAAACUUGUAAGAGGCACAAUCCA